GAUAAAUUUACCAAUGUACCAUUACCUAAUUCUAUUCCUAUAAAUAAGAAUUUGUACCUUAUGACUUAAUUAGCUAUCUCAUUACUUAGAAAUUGGCUCUUUCUUUUUUAAAAAAUUACUUACUAUAUCUUAAAUAUUUGUAUUUAGGGUAUUUUAGUACUUAAAUUAUGGGGUAUUCUCCACUUAAAUAUGGUUGUUAUGUUUUUGUAUUUACAAUUAUUAUCUCCUUGCCAACAUUGUGCUACUCUCAAGAAUCGUCAAAAGCUACUUAUUAUGGCAGCCCUGAUUGUAAAGGGACCCCAACUGGUGCAUGCGGCUACGGUGAAUAUGGAAGAACUGUGAAUGAUGGUGAUGCAGCUGCUGUUCCCAGACGACUCUUUAGAAAUGGAGUUGGAUGUGGUGCAUGUUAUAAGAUAAAGUGCAAAGAAGCAGAAUGCAAUGACGACGGAGUUGAAGUUGUGGUGACGGACCACGGUGAAAGUCAUGAAUCCGAUUUCAUUCUGAGCGGCCAAGCAUUCGCAAAGAUGGCUGAGUCCGGCAUGGAGGCUAAACUCAAGGCAUAUGGUCACGUUAACAUCGAAUACCAACGAGUUCCAUGCCAAUACCCUGGCAAUAAUCUCAUGCUUAAAGUUCAUGAGCAUGCUCAUUAUCCUAACUAUCUUGCCAUGAUUUUCUACUAUCAGGCUGGAAUUUAUGACAUUACUGCCGUCGAAAUCUUUGAGGAGGCAAAUCUACAAUGGAGGGCAUGUAGGAGGGCAUAUGGUGCAGUUUGGGACAUGGAAAAUCCACCAAAAGGUGGGCUAACAGUUAGAUUCUUUGCAAGUGCAAGUGUUGCUGCUGAAGCAAAAUGGGUGGUUGUCGCUAAUGUCAUCCCACUUGCCUGGCAAGCUGGUGUUGUUUAUGACACUUCUAUUCAACUUUCUUAAACUUACAAAUUAUUGUUAUGAAAACCAUUGAAGGUUGCAUUAUUAUUAUAUGUUACCUUAAUUAUUAGUCCCAACUUUUCCAGCACUUUUUAUUACUUACUACUUUAUUUACUUUUUUUUAGGUGGAAAUUUCAUUUCCUUAUUUAUUAGAUGAAUACCAAUAAUAAAAGUUGGGACUAUAUAUAUGUACUACUAUGCAUUGUCUCGUGUAAAAAAAUAUAUAUAUUUCUAUUACUAUGUUUAAUUACUUUUUAA